GUUGUCGCUUCACGUGUGUACCGUUUAUAGUAUUGUACUUUAUCUAGUACCGGAUAUAGUUGAACUGUUCAUUGUGAGACUAGUUAGGAACAUCACUAUGGUGACUGGUGGUCGUGUGGAAAAAAAUAAAUUAAAAAUCAAAGAAACUGAGGAUGUCGCUGAUAAUAAUAUAUGGGGAUACGUUGUCUGUUUUGGCACAAUUAUUACAUUUAUUGCAGGAAUUGGUCAUGUGAAUUCAUUUGGACUGAUUUACAAUGAUUUUAUUAUCGAAACAAAUUCGACAGCAAAGUCAUUGACCACCGCACAUGGAGUGUUCGCAAUAAUGUUGGCUAUUGGAGGAUUACUUCUUAAUAUGAUUAUAAAAAAACGUUCUUUAAGAUUUGGCGGACUGUUAGGAGCGUUUACAUUUUCUGUUGGAUCAUUAUUAACUAUAUUAAUAACAAAUACUAACCAACUGCCUUUAACAUUUGGAGUUCUACAGGGUAUUGGUUUUGGAAUGAUGGUACCAGUUUGUUAUUCAACAUUAAAUUACUACUACGUGAAAAGAAGAACGCAAGUAAUGAGUGUGAUAAAAGCGUUGCAAGGAUUUAUUCUUAUGUGGUAUCCACAAUUGAUAAAGCUGUUUAUGACGGAAUACGGAUUCAGGGGAACAUUGCUAAUAAUAUCGGGAAUAUCGCUUCAUGGUGUACCAGGCAUGGCUGUAAUGAGGUCGAAGCCACCGAGAAAUUUCCGAACCGCAAAAGAUGCCAAGAAUGUUGGUGAACAAGAGGACUUAUUGAAUGUUGAAAACGGAAAACUAAAUACUGAGAAAGAAAAGGAACAUCAAAAAGAUAAAAGGAAACUAAGUGUUGUUAGACACGAAUUGUGGAAAUCAAUGAACAUAAAAGUGUUAAAAGAUCCAGUUUUCUGCAACAUCUGUGUAGGACAGAGUUUUGUGAAUUUCUCUGAUCUGACAUUCUUCAUCUUGCUGCCGAUGCUUUUGUUUCAGUAUGGAUAUACUGCGACACAAGUAGCAACAUGCAUAUCUAUCACCGCGGCAGCUGACGUCGCCGGUCGCUGCAUCCUCGCUGUUAUCAGCAGUAUUGUUGAUAUCAAUACAAGACUUCUGUACUACAUAGCUACAGCAGUCACUCUUAUAGUAAGGAUAGUGAUGCUGCAGGUCCGUGAAUUCGUUUAUGUCGCGGUGGUAACGGGUAUAUUGGGCGUGCUUCGCGCGUGGCUUCACGUUGCCAGCCCGUUGGUGAUAGCCAGCCAAGUACCUCACGGGGACUUCCCCGGUGCAUACGCUCUGAGUAUGCUAGCUGCUGGUAUCGUCAACCUAGCAUCUGCACCUUUCAUCGGUUUGCUGAAAGACGUAUACCAAGAUUAUGUUCCUGCAUUUUAUGCUUUAGCCGCAUGUUGUGCGCCGUGUCUGAUAUUUUGGCCAAUAGAAUAUGUAAUGACUAAACAAUGAGGAGUUUAAAGUAAAUUGUAAAGUAAAUUGUGUUAUCAGUAUUAUGAGUGGAAAGAAAGUAAUGUAAACUAUAUUAAUUGUGGUUUGGGUAAUAUUUUAUCCUUCGAAUACGCUUAUAAACUCAUAAAGUGUGUGUCACAAUGUAAUCCAUACCAAGUGUGUAAUAAUCACUUAGUAUACGAAAAUAAA